AUGCCUGACGAUGCAGGCGACAUCCUCGCCGAAUUAACUACGGCGCCCAUCUUCGACGACGCCGUCUACCUCUCUGAGGUCCUGGAGCUUCCCGCGAAUGAGACCGAAGACGAUCUGGAGGCACGUCUUGCUGCACUGGCGAGAAAGGCUGGCAUUGAAGAUCCAUAUCGUUUCCUUUGCGCCGAGACCCAGCAGACCGCUAUAGAGGAUUCUGCAACGAGUGCUUCGAGUGCCCAUAGGAGCUCCCUGUCCCUCUACUCCCGUGACACCCAAUCCACAGGCGUCACAUCGCACCUCUCACGAGCCUCGAGAGAUCUCCCUGGCCCACCGUUAGAGGGCGUGUUAACAAUUCGCGCCUCAUCUCAUGCCCCGCGGUCCUCCUUCUCUUCCCUAGACUAUUACGAUAGUAUGAUGGAGCGCUUUCGCUCAAAUGCACGUCAUCAAUCGUCUGCUUCGGCUCCCGACGCCAUUCCCUAUGGGAGUUCUGUGUCACCCAAGUUGGCCCCCCGCAAGCUCAAGCGAGCGAGCGGACUCUUCUCAAUCUUCAGGAAGGAUUCAAGUACCUGCUCGUCUCGAUCACAUCACAGCCAUCAUAGUAGAUCAGCGAGUGUCCAAUUAGAGUGCGGUCAUACUCUGUCCAGAUAUGCCGUGCAAGUGCAUAUUAAAGACGCUCUGGAUACCAAGGACCAAAUCACUCCUAACUGUUGCGGAAAGCCAUUGCCCACGUCAGUCUUAGAAACGGUUUUGACGCAAGAAGAAGCAAGCAUACUAGCCACAAGCGGCUCAUCAACGACAAAUUCCCCGCAGGACUCCGGAUACAGCGAGGAUGGCGCAUCAUCAAUAGAGCUGUCCGGAACUCAGAUACCUUCCAGAGCGGCCCACUCCACUUUCAGGAAUCCGAACCCUUUCUCUGAAGCACAUAGCGAGCCCGAUGCCGAGUUCAGCAAAGCUUUCAUGGAUGAGGGUUUCAAGGAUUUGAGAAAUCGGCAAAGGGAGCAGUACCGCCGUGUCGCCUCAUUCGAAGCCCAUCAGCGACAAGCCUUGUCAGCAUAUCACAAGUGGACUAUCAAGCGGCUUACCGUACAGUUCAAGGCAAACCAUGCGGCUAUGGUAAGAGAGCACGGUCUCCAGCUGGAGCGGUUGGAGGAAUCCCAAGUCGUCGCCGAGCAUGAUCUCCGCAGGGCGCAGAUCCAGGAGACUCAGAACGUCGCAACAGCCCUGAAGUACAUGGAGGCAUACUGCUCGGGGAAGAAUCCCGCAAACCCUAGCCUCGCGCACACAGUAACCGAUGAAGAUCGUAAAAAGCUCGCUCGGCAGCAUGUCACUCAGCAAAAGCUCCCAGCCAAGCAUAAAAGCGCGAUCAACGUCCUCCGCGCACGUCAGGAAAAGGACAUGAAAAUAAAGCUGGAGAAGCAAAAGGAAGGACUGCGUCAACUGAAACUCAGCUACGAGCAGCAGAAACGGGAUGAGGAAACGCAACAUCUCAACGAUCUCAGCCGGCUAGAUGCGCUCAUACAGGCCAGGAGAAGACGAAUGAUGCACCAGUGGGAUCUACGAUACGAGACCUGGAGGUGCACCUGGGAGAAGCAGAACGAGACGAGUCUGAACAGACGGAUUCCGCAAGAAGCUUUCCCUGAGCGUAUGGACGACACGGCAUCCUCGAAGUCAUCAAGUCCGAGCUCGUUGGCGUUGUAUCUUCAGAUUAUGGUUUGA